GAGAAGGAAGAGCUUGCGAAUUCAGCUGCAUGUGGUUGAGUUUCAGAGAAUGGUGCCAAAAGACAGAAGCGUGUGGUGGGUUUGGAUCUCGGUGCUGUGUGCUGGAACCGUUGCCAGAGCAGCAGAACAAGGACAAUCGUCCAAGGACCCGGGGCAAAGUGGGCCUGUUGGAGGAACAGCGAGCUACUUCACCUGGACAGCAGAGAGAACAGACCGAAAUGCAACAUGGGGCACUACAAACACAGCCACCUCCACAGGAGGACCCACAACGCCCAACACAACAGUUCUCAUCCCAGUACAGGACACCCCUGGGCACAAAACCAGAGCCUCGGCUUUCAGCUCGAUCAAGUACUGGGUCCCGCCGGCGUUCAUGGUCAUUGCGUUGAUCACCCUGUAUUUCACGUACAGGAAGACCACAGAGAGAGAAAGCCGCAGCAGAGCCGGGUCCAUUGAGGAAUCCUCGGACUCUGAUUCACAAGACAAUCAAGCGGUUCAAAGUGCAGCCCAUGUUAUCCCCCAUCCGGAGGCGUGGAAUCAGACCCAUGCAGAGACGCUGCAGGCAAAGGAGACGCUAACCACGGAGGAAAACGAAGCAGCUCUCUCUGACCCAGAUCCUUCCCCCAGCCAGGCAAGAAGUCACUGCUCCUUGGUUUUACUUUUUGAAAAUAAUGAGCACCAGGACUGAUGGAAUUGCCCCUGGCCAUCAGCUGCUACAAGAACUA